AUGGUGUUUUCUUGGAGAGAAGAUCAGCGUCUGCUGCUCUGGCUUCUGCUCCUCGCAGCCUGGGAGACAGGGAGCGGCCAGCUCCACUACUCCAUCCCCGAGGAGGCCAAACACGGAACCUUCGUGGGCCGCAUCGCUCAGGACCUGGGGCUGGAGCUGGCGGAGCUGGUGCCCCGCCUGUUCAGGGUGGCGUCCAAGGACCGCGGGGACCUUCUGGAGGUAAAUCUGCAGAAUGGCAUUUUGUUUGUGAAUUCUCGGAUCGACCGGGAGGCGCUGUGCGGGCGGAGCGCGGAGUGCAGCAUCCACCUGGAGGUGAUUGUGGACCGGCCGCUGCAGGUUUUCCACGUGGAGGUGGAGGUGAGGGACAUUAAUGACAACGCGCCUGUAUUUCCAGUGACCACAAAGAAUUUGUUUAUCUAUGAAUCUCGACCGCUUGGCUCUCGGUUUUCGCUAGAGGGCGCUUCUGACGCAGAUAUCGGAACAAAUUCAUUGUUGACUUACAGUCUUAACUCCAGUGAGUAUUUUACUUUGGACGUCAAAAGAAAAGAUGAAGAAGUUAAAUCCCUGGGACUCGUGCUGAAAAAACUUUUAAAUCGAGAGGACAUUCCUGAACAUCAUUUACUGAUAACGGCAGUUGAUGGCGGGAAACCGGAGCUGACUGGCACCACUCAAGUGAAGAUCAUUGUCCUAGACGUGAACGACAACGCCCCCGCAUUUGAGAGGACGCUCUACAAAGUCAGAUUAUCCGAAAAUGCACCAAAUGGUACCGUAGUAGUGGACGUCAACGCCUCUGAUUUGGAUGAAGGAGUGAAUAAGGACAUUGUAUAUUCUUUCCACACGGAUAUGUCAGCUGAGAUCCUGUCAAAAUUUCACUUAGACCCGGUUGAUGGAUACAUCACUGUGAAAGACAACAUAGAUUUUGAGGAAACGAAAUCUUUUGAAAUCCAGGUAGAGGCAGCAGACAAGGGAACCCCUCCAAUGACAGAUCACUGCACGGUUCUAGUUGAAAUUGUAGACGUUAAUGAUAAUGUGCCUGAACUGGUCAUCAAAUCACUAUCAAUUCCCGUGUUAGAAAAUUCUGCACCUGGCACCGUGAUCGCCCUGAUCAGUGUGACAGAUCGUGACUCUGGAGCCAACGGGCAGGUGACCUGCUCCCUGACCCCUCAAGUUCCCUUCAAGCUGGUGUCCACCUUCAAGAAUUACUAUUCGCUCGUGCUGGACAGCGCCUUGGACAGAGAGACCACACCUGACUAUAAGGUGGUGGUGACAGCCCGGGAUGGGGGCUCUCCCUCGCUGUGGGCCACCGCCAGCGUGUCCGUGGAGGUGGCUGACGUGAAUGACAACGCGCCCGCGUUUGCGCAGCCCGAAUACACGGUGUUCGUGAAGGAGAACAACCCACCUGGCGCCCACAUCUUCACGGUGUCAGCCAUGGACGCAGACGCUCAGGAGAACGCACUGGUGUCCUACUCGCUGGUGGAGAGGCGGGUGGGUGAGCGCUCGCUGUCGAGCUUCGUGUCUGUGCACGCAGAGAGUGGCAAGGUGUUCGCUCUGCAGCCUCUGGACCAUGAGGAGCUGGAGCUGCUGCAGUUCCAGGUGAGCGCGCGGGAUGCUGGUGUGCCUUCCCUGGGCAGCAAUGUGACUCUGCAGGUGUUUGUGCUGGAUGAGAAUGACAAUGCGCCCACGCUGCUGGGGCCUCAGGCGGGCAGCACAAUGAACGAACUGGUGUCCCGGACGGUGGGUGCAGGACAUGUGGUGACAAAGGUUCGCGCAGUGGAUGCGGACUCUGGCUACAAUGCGUGGCUGUCCUAUGAGCUGCAGUCAGUCACGGGCAGCGGGCGCCUUCCAUUCCGGGUGGGUCUGUACACCGGUGAAAUCAGCACUACUCGUGUCCUAGAUGAGACAGAUGCGCCAAAACAGCGCCUACUGGUGCUGGUGAAGGACCAUGGCGAGCCAGUGCUGACAGCCACAGCCUCCUUGCUAGUGUCUCUGGUGGAGAGUGGGCACACGGCAAAUGCCCCAUCACGGGCUUUGGUGGAUUCUGCGGGCAGGGAGGCAUCGCUGGUGGAUGUCAAUGUGUACCUGAUCAUCGCCAUCUGUGCCGUGUCCAGCCUGUUGGUGCUCUCGCUGCUGUUGUACACCGCGCUGCGCUGCUCAGCGACUCCCACAGAGGAUUCCUGCGGUCCCGGGAAACCCGUGCUGGUGUGCUCCAGCGCGGUGGGGACCUGGUCCUACUCUCAGCAGAGGAGACAGAGAGUGUGUUCUGGAGAGGGUCCACCCAAGGCCGACCUCAUGGCCUUCAGCCCAAGUCUUACACCCUGCCCAGUUAAUCAGGAGAAAGAGGACAAACUGGUCUCAGACAUUGAUUUCUCCGUCAAAGUGAGUAAUUUUCCCCUCUAAAUUGGUCUCGUUUUAUAUGCUAACAUUUUCACUCCUUGGAGAUGGGUUAAAGUUAUUCUAUUCACGUUUUUUUCUGUUGAGCCCUUUGCACUUACUAAUUUUGCCGCUAAAAUUGUAGGUUCUUGUGUCUAAAUUGUGUACUGAAUUGACAAGUGUCUUUGUUGAUAAAUA